AUGCAGGCAUACAAGAUCCUUCGCUACAUCAAGUCUAAUCCGGGUCAAGGUCUUUUCUACUCAGCUGAUUCUGAAACUUGUUUGAAUGCGUUUGACGAUGCCGAUUAUGGAACUUCUCCGGAUACUCGAAGAUCUGUCACUGGCUUUUGUGUGUAUCUUGGUAAAUCUUUUAUUUCUUGGAAAUCGAAGAAGCAUCAUACAGUGAGCCGGAGCAGCAUGAAAGCAGAGAAUAGAAGUAUGGCUUUGGCCACUUGUGAGCUGAUUUGGCUUAAUCAACUGCUUGCGGAUAUGAAGAGAAAAGAAAACAAACUUUCUUGCUUCCGCCAUGGAUUCUUCGCAUCUGACCUCGUGAGCUUCAAUUGA